UCUCGCCGCCAAACUACUCAAAAACUUUGAAUCCAAAAAGCAAUAGUAAUCCUCCCGCCUACCCCUGACGACUCUCAUAUAUACUUUCAACAAAACCACACACCCACUGUUCAUUUUCUUCUUCUCGCACAGCUACUCUUCAAUCUUCUCAGGCGGUGAAUAUGGCGGGAAAGGGUGGAAAGGGACUGUUGGCGGGGAAAACGCCUGCAGGUGGUGCAGCUAACAAGGAGAAAGAUAAGAAGAGGCCUUUGUCUCGGUCUGCUAGAGCUGGUCUCCAGUUCCCUGUAGGGAGGAUUCACCGUCAUCUCAAAUCAAGAACUUCAGCUCACGGGCGAGUGGGAGCCACGGCUGCGGUUUACUCUGCUGCAAUACUGGAAUACUUAACAGCUGAAGUACUUGAGUUAGCUGGAAAUGCCAGCAAAGAUCUGAAAGUGAAAAGAAUCACACCAAGGCAUUUGCAGUUAGCUAUUCGUGGUGAUGAAGAACUUGACACACUCAUCAAAGGUACCAUUGCUGGUGGUGGUGUCAUCCCUCACAUUCACAAGUCUCUCAUCAACAAAACCACAAAAGAAUGAGUUGUUUUUAGCCUUUAAUGCUUUGUGUUUGACCUGUUGACUUGUGUUUACUGUUACUUUGUUGGGAUUGUGGUAUAGUAGUUUCGACUUUGGAUCUUUUGUUAUGUGAUAGGCUGUAAGAUUGAAUGGGUUUUAUUGAUGUAUUUGGUUGUUUUACUA